AUACAACGCAAAAAUUAUUCUCUUUUACACCACAUUUACAACUUCGUAGCAAAUCUUGAUUUAUAGAAAUUAAUUCUGGUCGUCAUUCUUAAUGUCGUGAUAGUCUCUUUAAUUAAAUUCUGACGCAAGAAUUCAAUACGACGCACAUGUCUAUCUAUUAAUUGAAUUCCUAAUCGCUGAUUUGUAAACCUAGGAAAGGCUAUAUCCAAGAUCGAUGCUCGAUUAAACUUCGAUUUGAAUCGGCGCGAAUUUAGCGCGCCACGUAUCGCAAAGUACGGACGGGAUAACGUGGCCGAGAAGCGAACGGAGAAGAGGGAUAAUAGACAUAGAUUAUAGCAGUCUUAAGGGUCUCUACGGCGUGGAGGAACGAAGAGCGGGCAGUGCGGUCGUUUGCCUUGGAUUGCCUUCGAACCGGCGCGGCGGAGCACCGGCGGCGGAGCACCCGAUCCCGAUUCCGAUCCCGGCUGGUUUCCGCCGCACAUUCCAUCCAGUCGAAUCGGCCGCGCUCGGUUUCGUACGGAGCUCUUCGGCCGCCGUCGGCCGCUCUCGGUCAACCCGCGCGGCACCGCGGUCGGCUAACAUCGGCAACAGUCGUGCAACGGCGCUCGCGCGGAAUGGAUCGCGGGCCGUGUCUUUUAUUACGAACGCGCCGAUAGAAAUGACGGUGUCUGCGUCAACGUCGUCGCGAGACGCCCGUACGUGGACUGAUAACGUACCGGUCGACGGCUUUACAUGGUGAAUCGCUGCUCCGGCAUCUGUUCGCGAAAGAAAGCGAAAGAAACGAGAAGGGAAGGAAAAAACCAUUUUUUUCUCACGCGUGGUUUCGAGAAGAGAGCCAACGUUCUUCGGCUAGUGACGUAGUGUUAAUGUACAGUGGGUGUAUUGCUGCUUCCAUCGUUUCUCUCCCGCGCCUCUAUUCAUCCAUCGUCAUUGUCGUCCUCCUCGGGAUCUUAAGGACGCCGCGAUCGACCUGCGAGCAUUGCACGGGCCUUUCCCUGCGACAGUAGUGGCAUAGCAACGACGGAGCGGAGCGGAGCUGCAGCCGUCUUCGUGCAUCAACAGGUGUAUCCCGGAUGGCGGGGACGUCGGUUACACGAUGACGGAGUUGCAACCGUCGCCGCCAGGAUAUCGCGUCCAGGAUGAGGCCCCAGGCCCACCUUCCUGUCCCCCGGGGUCCUACAAAUACGCGAGCCACGGCCACGGGAACGAGGCUGCCAAUUUCAAGAGUGCCACGUCGUAUUCUCAGGAAGGCUAUGGCCUUAAGCAGAGUCCGCCUCGCUCGGUGGCUCCUAACGAAUAUUACCGUCGCAGAAACGACGGGCGGAGGUCCAACACGGAGAACGAUCACGAGGGUGGCAACGGCGGCAAGAAGGCCGCCGCGGCUACCGGUUACAACGACGGUCACAAGAAGAAUACUCCGGGCUAUAAGAACGACUGCGGAUACAGCGAGAACCUCGGAUUCAACAGCUUCACGCUCCCUCUUAAUGAGAGAGACGAAGCCUCGCCACCACCGACGCCGCCAGUUAGGGAUGCCUCCAGCCUCAAGGGUGUGUGUUACGGUCCGGGACACGAGAAGUAUCCUUCGUGGCCGAGCGCGCCCGAACGACACUCCGACGAGGAUAUCCACAGCUCGGGGCACAGCGGUUCUCAUCGCUCCAAGUCCUGGACCGAUCACACCAACUAUCCGAAGGAGAAACCGGCCCAGUACACCAGACUACAUACGAAGAGGCCCAAUCCUACGUUCACGCAGCAGCUGAAGACGGUAAUGGAGCGUUGCGAGAAGAUCCCAGCCGAGACUUACGAGUCACGCAACAGAAGUAGCGAAGAGGAGCCGAGAUUGUGGCCGCGCGUGGAUCGUGAAGGUAAAGCACUGGGAGACGCGGAAUACGUGGUUCCAUCGCCGCCGGAACGGGAACAGCAGUCUCAGACUUUGAGUCACGUUGAUCUGGAGGCUUAUGUAAGAAGCUACCAGGAUCCUCAGGUGUCUCAGGUGGACCUCUACCGCGAAACUACCUUAACGCAAGCGGGUCUUGAAGAAUACACGAGAGUACAGCAUUCGCAACAGGCCAGCUAUGCGCAAUCCGAGGGAUAUCACAGUUAUGUGUCCAGUGUGGAUUCAACGACGAACACACCGUUUCUCGACAGAUUGAGGCGGGACAGCGAGGCGGUAGCACAAAGACCCACGGCGUCUUGGGAAGAUACCUCCCGAGAGGGUAGAGAUAGCGUAGUGACUACGUCUAGCGGUAGCGCUUCUAGCAGUGAGACAUUAAAAUGGCACGGCUCGAUGUCAGAUGUCAGCGUAUCGAGUGGUAUGCCGCCUCGUCAAGCGAUAUCGGAUCGAUGGCAUCAUGGAUCCAUGUCAGAUGUUAGCAGCGUAAACGGCGGAAUUUUAAAACCGAGCAACGGCUGUCACGAGAAGUGGCAAAGCUCCAUGAGCGACGUCAGUACGUCCGGAAUAGGUCCGCCGUCAACGAAAGGAAGACACAGCCUCGACAAAUGGCAGUCUUCGAUGAACGAUCGAAACAAGCAGAGUCAAAGUAGGCCCAGCCUGCCAGCGGUGAUCGGCCACUGUACGACAUCCGCGUCGAUUAAUGACAUCUGUCAAACGUCGGCGAUUCGAGACAGCAAAUGGCAGGAAUCCAAUCUCGAUGACGAUCCGCUGAAUGAUAGGCCACAGGCGAAUCAGUGGGACAACUCGAGCAGACUUGAGAACGACAAAUACGCUCAAUCUAUGCCACAAAGCCCUACGCGCCAGCAAGUUGGAGCGGCGAGUCCGCAGAGUUCCGAAAAUUGGAAUCCUAUACAUGGAUCGAUGUCUGACGUGAGUCAAACUAAUGGAAUCCAGUGCAGCAAGCAACUGAUCGCUCACAGUGCUAGGGUACAGACUCCUCAACGGCAUCACUCGGAAAGCGUGCUGUAUUUGGAUCGCGAACGCAACAAACGAAAACUUUAUCCAGUCAGUACGACCCAGCCGCAAGAAUCCAUGCAGUCUUCAAGAAUGAUUGUAAAUUCACCGCCACAACCGCAGCUUUCAGUAGCUGAACGUAUCAAUGAAUUGGAAAAGCAGCAGCAACAGCAACAAAUGCGUUACACUUAUCUGGAUCCUGAUAAACGUCACAGAGUGUCCGAUCCUACUCUGAAAGCGAUUCAAAAGAAAGCACUGUGGUCCUUUUACGAAAGACAUCAUCAAGCGUCUUGGCGGUCAGAACCUCAGUUGACGCAAGGUCCUGCGCCAGCUCCUCGGAGUCCUCAGAGUCCUCAGAGUCCUCAAAGUCCACCGCCGCAGCCUCCCCCUCGACCGAGACCAUCCUCAUCCCGACGAGCCAGUUCGGCGUCAGAUUACGCCAGUGGUGCGUGGAGAGAAAACGUUAGCAGAGCUCAGAAUCAAGGAAACGGCGACUUGCCGAGCCCUAAGCAUCAACACAGCAAUAGUUGCAGUAGUCUCUCCACAGAUUUACUGGGCCCCGUGAUAGUUGGACCGGCCAUAUCAAUAGACGACUGGGUGCCCGAGAGACCGCCUAAAAAGCCACACCUGAGAAACGUUUACAACGAACGCAUACCCAGCCCCGAUUUGCCACCACCGUCGCCGCCGACGGUCACGGAGAGCGAGGUCCACGAUUGCGACGAUCCAUUGCCGCCCCCACCACCCGAGCUCAGCGACGAUUUCACGGAGCGUAAAUCUAACAACAUUCACCACCAGACGGAGGAAACGGCAAAGAUCAGUCGUGAAAGGUCAUGCGAACGACACAAGUCGGAAAGACAUUCCAUGAAAAGAUCGAAACACAGCGCCAAGAGAGAUCACGAUAAGUCUACCGGCAAAUCCUCGCCAAAUUCGACGAAAACAGGCGUGCAAGAACAGGAACAGCAUCAAUUCGUGAGAUCCGGCGCAGCGUUAAAACACGUGGAUUCUGAAAUGGUACUGGAAAACGGAGUCUCGGCUGGCUUUGCCACGCAUAGAAUGGUAGUUACGGGGCGUUCCAGUUUGAGAUAUCCUUCUACUCAGAAGCUUAUGGUAAACGGGAGGAUAGCGCCGACGAGGAGAAUAUCCGAGGAGAGAUCUUUCUCAACCAGACCUCCGGCGCAACUGCCUGAUCUCAUAUCGCAAAGAUACAGCGAUUCCGGGAAUCAGAGACCCGCGCCGCAAGUUCCGGUGGAGCCGAGAAUCAUUCGGCAGGAAUCGAUGCGAGUUGACGGGACGCGCGUCGACGCGUCCGGUUUGCUGCGAAACGAUUCCAGCCAGAGAUUAGAAUCUUCAGGUCAGAGACCGCAGCCUCAAGUGCCUAAAAACGGGGACAAGAACGCUACUGCGAGUCCAUCCUCGAGACCGAAUUAUCUGCCAGUGACAGAAGCCGCGAAGAGUCCGUCCAAAUAUCUGAAGGGAGGAAAUCACAGUUUCUCUAUCGGUAGCCCAGUGAAAACGGGAUACGAAGCUAGUUCAAAGCUAUUCCCCUCAGAGUCGAGCCCGCAGAAAUAUCACGAACCCCCAAAAUAUGUUCCUAAUCAUCAUCAACGUUCUAACGAUAUAACGCAGAGGACUACGCACGGUUACUACGCAUUGCCACCGAAGUACAUUGAUAUACCUAAACAGAAACCUCAGCCACAAUGUCCGGCGGAGAAAUACGGCACGGAUUCUCCUAGUUCACCUCCACCGCCUUUGGCACCACGGCAGAACACGUCCGGUAGGAAGUCCUUGCCGCCUCCACCGAGACCCGCACCUCCGCACUCUCACCAAGGAAGCCAGUCUAAGGCUUCCUACUUGGCUUACAGACGAGAGCGGGGUGCUCCCGACAGCGAGGGCAGCUACAAAAGAACAAUGUCGCCAACCUCACGAAUGGACGAUUGGCCACCUCCUAGGGAUCAUGACGAUCCCGUACUUUUACGUGUUACACCGCAUCAUCCGUUACAACAACAGCAUCAUCACCAUCACAAUAAUCAUCAACAGCAACAUUCUGAUCUCUCCAAGUCAUAUAGCGUAGACGCUCUUCAUCAUCGAUUGGAAGAGAGGUGUCCCCAACAACAUUCGGCAGAAGUGGUCAAUAAACUCUCGCACGAUCUCAACAAAAAGCUUCAGGCUAGUGACGUAAGGUCUCGUACUAAUGAAAACAACAAUAAUGACAAUCUCGAGGACCGGCAUCAACAUCAUCAUCAUCAUUAUCAAGAAAAGAGGCAUCCGGAAAAAAGACACGACUACGUAGAGCAACGUAGAGAAAGACUGUCGCCGCAGAGCGUGGAGGUCCUUAAUGACAGGAACAGGCAGCUAGAGCGAGAACGUCGGAAAUUGGCAGCGAGCUGCGAACCCCUACCUCAAAAUAGAGAGAAGCAGCUACGAGAAAUUAGUGGUCCGCUUCCAAUCACCGGCGAUGACAUAUUCCGCGAGAGAAGCGCUACGAUCGAGAUGACCUCGCAGAAUAUUGAAUUACUAAAUCGUCGUAAUGAGAAGAGGAUGAAUAGCGUAUCAUCAUCAAACAGUACGAUGUCCACAUAUUCGAUCAGCACCACAGCAUCGUCAGUUGCCACGAGUAAUGAUAACGGCUGGGCCAGACGACACGAAACACAAAGCUCGAUAGAAGCUACUAUCUUUUCCGAUAGGCCGCCACCACCGACAAGUUCACCGCCAAGGUCACCAAAUAACGUCGAGACUAUCAGUCCACGAGGAGCUAUUCCGAGACGAUCGGGAAGUUGCUCGAGCACCUCUUCCUCGGGAAGAUCGAUAGAUGCCCGCGUAUCGCCUCGAGCUUUGCUGUCCAGAUCAUCUCCCAAGAGCUCUCUCGAUUCUCUCACGCGGAACGAAGCUCGGAUAGAAUAUGCCUCUACCAGAAAAGUCUCUAGUCCGACACAAACGGAUAAUACAGGUUCCUGGAACAGAUCCAACUCGCCGAGCCGGCUGAGUCAUACGAGCGAUGCGGAAUCGCGAAUCGAGAGACUCUCCGCGUCUUCAAAGUUUAGGACCGGCGGCAGGUCGUCCACGUCUUCGAGCUCGAGCGUUUCCAAAGCGUCCUCUUCCUCCUCGCCGAGAAACUCGCCGGUCGAGGAGGACAAGUCGUCGCCAAGAUCGUCACUUUGCGUGUCACCCCAGCCAGGGAUAGAGGGACUGACGUUAGUGCAACGUACCGAGGUCGUGCUCCGGGUGAACGCUGCCACCAGCGACGCUGCCUCGCAAACCGACAUCUUGGAGGACACGGAGCAAGACGCCAGCAAGAUUCAGCGACCGCUUCCGGAAUCGAGGAAGAAACUGCCGGAGGAGAUCGAGUGCGAGGAGCUCAGCAAGGAUUUAGCCAGUCAACUCAGCCCGAACGACAAGCUCGUACCUAUACUCGUUCCAGCGCCGGAGCACAAGAAACCCACCGACUACGUUUCCGGCCUGUUCAGGGUGGAAGCGACCUUGCAGCCACGAACAAGGCGACGGCUCUCCCUGGAAGAGUCAACGGCCUCCUGCGGCGAAGACGUGGACGUGGACGAUAAAAAGCACGAAACGAUACCUUCAGCUCCCGUCACGCCACUGUCGGCCGAUUCUACCAGUCCCCUGUCCCUCACAUCGGCUUAUUUCACGACAUCCGAGGGAAAGGCGAGGUUCUUGACGAGAUACUCGCGGGACGUCACGGCGGAGGGAUUAACACAUCAAGAGGAUGCGCCGGCGGUUGUACCAACGAACAGCCUUGACCUUAGGCAGAAAAAGGAGGAGCUGGUGAUGCGCCUUGACAGGAAGCUAGAGGUUCUCAGGGCCGAGCAGGAGGCCGUAAAGGAGGAAGGUGAGAUGAAUGAGACUCUGGGUGCGCGAGUCGCCGCUCGCGUUUCCGCUGUGGCUCGUCCACCGGAAACGUCCAAGUAUCGGAAUCACGUAGAGGAAGUCGGUAAGAUUACGAGCCUUCUUCUUGGCCUCAGCGGCAGGUUGGCUCGCGCUGAGAACGCCCUUUAUGGAAUGCCGGCCGACCACGGAGAGAGAAAAAUUUUAGAGAGUAAACGGGACAAGCUAAUGGAUCAAUUAGAAGAAGCGAAGGUUUUGAAGAAUAAUAUCGACAAACGUAGCGAUAAUAUGUCAGCGAUCUUGGCAAAGUACCUGAAUGAAGAGGAAUUUGCCGACUACCAGCAUUUCAUCAACAUGAAGGCGAAGCUGAUAGUGGACGGUCGCGAGAUACAGGACAAGGUGAAGCUUGGCGAGGAGCAAUUAGCUGCGUUAAAAGAGGCAAUUGACUAGUCGUAACGAGGGACUUACAUGCUAAGUUAUUAUGAAACCGAUUCGUAAAUAACGGUUGCAUUUCCAGGCGUGAACAAUUGUAUGUUUCGUAUAAUAAGACAAAAUGACUCGAAGGUAUAAGUUAAUAGGGGUGAAAAGUUACGGGAACACAUAAAAGUGAAACAAAUAUAGAAAGAUAUAUAUACGAUUUGUAAUCUAAAUGAAUCAGUAUACAUUUACAUAUACCUUUUUAAACAAUAUAAAAAUUAUUUUUUUAGAAAUUUCUCUUAAAUUAUUUCAAAUUUAUCUGCGAUUAAUUAAACAUUUUAAAAAAUUCAAUUAAAAACAAUAUCGAGAAGUGGGAUACGAAAUAAUAUCCCGUAUAAAUAUCUUUGAGAUUACAAAAUUGACUUAAUGCAUGAUCAAAAUAAUUGUAAAAAUUAAAUGCGUAAAAUUUCCUUUAUAUUUGAAAAACAAAUUGAAUAUCUUCAUAAUCCAAGUGUGAUCCCGAAAUCUUAAGUGCCUAGUCUUUGAUAAGCUUGCAUCGAUUUUGUCAUGUUUCUCCGAUAAUCCACAGAGGAAAAACAAUGCAUCGCUUACACAUUGUGUAACAUGCUGAAAAAAAUCACGCUACGAUAUAAGAAAAUAAAGAUUAUUCCUCAAAUUUCUUUUUGAAGGAAAUUACGCGCUAAAGAACGAUAUCAUCAAUUGCAGAAAUUUGUAAAUAUUAAUACAAGGAGUAAUGCGCAGUCUUCAAUAAAAAAAAAAACCAGAAUAUGCGUAAGCGAACAAUAAGAAUGGUCGAUUGAAAAUAAUAACAUUACGCAAGAAGUAAUACGGCUAGUGAUAUAUAUAUAUGUAAAUCAUAUAUAUAUAUGUAUUAUUUUCGUGUACGUGUCGAUCGAUGCUAAUAAUUAUUUUGCGUGGAACGUAUUUGAAAAUUAAUGAAAUCAAAAUUUUAAUAUAUUUCCUAAAUAUAUCUAUAUUUCCCAUAGAUAUAUGUAUGUGUGUGUGUGUGUGUAUUUUCAUGCGCGAGUUGUAUUUAGAAAUGCGUCGGUAACGCCGUGCAGUAUAAAUCUGGAAUGAUAUUUGCUUACGUACGCGACUGAUGGAUGCUCGAAGAUGCUGACAAUUUCUCAUUUUAAAAAACUCUUUAUUAAAAAAACGCCGAGCAUUUUCGAUGAAAAUUCAAGAAUUUACAUUACCUAAUUACAAUUCGUUGAUCACAAAUCGAUUCUGUACUCAUGAUACCUUUUUAUAUAUGAUGUGUGAUAUGAGAGUAAGUUCAUGUUCUGUUUAAACAAAUGCGCGGCGUUUAAACAACUAAAGCGAUGCAGACAACCGAAGCAACAUUUUACAUGUGUAUAUAAUAAAUAUAUUGUAAGUGCAUAUAUAUAAUUUACACUCUGACACACAUAUUUCAUAAUUACACGUACAUACAUACAUACACGUACACAUAAACAACGAAUACUACUUUACAUAUCGUUCUAACCUCCGGAGGUCCUCGAGGACCUCUGACGCUUGUGAUCUUAUUUACUCUUACAAUCCCACUAAGGACUCUCGAAAAUACCGCGGAAUCGCGCAUCAUAUUCGAGCCUCCUUGGUGGUCCAGCGAGAAAUUUUAUGCCACGGUCACUUCGAUAAAUUUUUAUUUCGUUUUCUUUUCUCUGUCCCGUUUUACGUCCCCGUUUGUAAAUCACGCGUUUCUUUUUAUACCGAUUUUUAAUACUUCCUCCCCGCUUAUCGCUACUCUAUCGAGGGCGGAGAAGAGACCACAAGCGAAAUUACACCGAAAGGUGGAUCUCCGAGAAUCUUUGGGCUUGGUAAUGAAACACUUACUGAGGACCCAUGGAUAUCGAGAUGGAAUCCAUUCGAAUCGUAUCUCUAUAAGGAUUACGACUUAAACAAAAAAUGUUCCGAUUUUGUUCAAUUUUGUGCAUUAUAAAUCCUCUUUGCGAAUUCCAUUCGCAAAGCAAACGCGCUUGAUCUCAGAUGACAUAUAACUCGGAUCACAGGCAGCACGACGCCAGAGAUAGCGCGUCACAAGCCGGGACUCAGACGGCCGCGAUGAUAAUAAUUGUGCAUGAGAAAGACUGAGUACAGGGCAUAAAAUUUUGCGGCGUAAUAGUCAGUUUCUGUUCCUUGUUUGUUUCUUGACGUUCGCGAAUCGGCUGCGACGAUAGAUACUGCAAUCUUGCCGUUAAUCUCGAAAGUAGCAGUCACCGUUAUAAUAUGUUUGCGCGCAGCAAGACAUCACGUGGCUGCGAAAAUAUCAUCGAAUGCGAUUGUCAUCUAUACUCCCCUCCCGCCAUGAAUAAGGCGCAGCUGUUGUACAUAACAAAUUAAUGGAAACAUGGUGCUCUGGAUAUCUAUUUUUUACGAGAAAAAACGUUCCAUUAAUUCAUAAGCUAUUACUUUAGCUAAAGACAUUAAUAUUUAACGUUCUCGCUGUGUACAUAUUACCACAUAUAAUUUUAAUGUGAUGCGAAGGCAACAUAAUGAUUAUACAUAUACAUUCGCGUGUCACCUGUAAGCGACAAUGCUAGGUCGUUGUUAAUCUGACAAUAUUAUCCCAUACAAAUGUACUACGAAAUCAUUAUGAUAAUUACAUUUCUCAAGCUCGCUUGCAAUAAAUAACAUGUUGAAAUUCAAA